AUGGCGGCGUGGACAGGUGGCCGCAGGGUAGAAGACGAGGUGAGAGAGGAGGCCCUUGGAUUUGAGUUCCUCAGCUGGAGGAGCGAAGACGUGGGCAGGAUCCCGGUUAAUGUGGAGGCCUUCGGCGCCGUCGGAGAUGGCAUCGCCGAUGACACGCAGGUGACUUCUCAGUUUGACACACAUUCUCUCUCUCUCUCGCUAGUUGGUGACCGACCCCACAGUUGAGCUUUGCCGUUGAGAACCGUACCCUGGUUCUCCCUUUACCUAUCUCUCGACACAAUAUUUCUCUUGCUGCUCUGGAAUUUGAUCCGGAUAAUAUGAUAUUCCUUGGUCGUUCAACGGUCGCAGGCCUUCCUGAGCGCCUGGAACAGGUCCUGCUCACUGAACAAUUCCGUGUUUCUUGUGCCCGCGGGGAAGAGUUAUCUCGUCCGAGCCGUCAGAUUCCGAGGCCCCUGCACUGACGAUUUGAUCAUACAGGUAGUAUUAGCACGUAUCUUUAGGGUGUCACCAUCACGAUCAAUUCAUCCUCGUCUUCCUCCGCGACGACACACAGAUCAGUGGGACGAUAGUGGCGCCGGCGGAGCCCCAGGACUGGGAUCCCAAGAACCCCAGGACAUGGCUGCACUUCUCAAAACUCGCCGGCGUCCGCUUCCAAGGCGACGGCGUCAUCGACGGCUCCGGCAGCAAAUGGUGGGCGUCUUCCUGCAAAAUCAACAAGACCAACGUACGUCUUCCCUCUCUUCCACCUCUCUUUCACAGUCGGCAACUCUCUGACUGUCUUCCUCCGGCAGCCUUGCAGGGGAGCUCCCACGGUAAGCGGAUAAAAACCAGCGCUUAUCUCCGUCGUGCUUCCAUCCCCAUCUCCCGUUUACUCCGUCUCUGAACGGCGCCGCCGUUGUGCCGCCGUGUCGCCGCCGCAGGCGGUGACGAUCGACUCCAGCAGCGGGGUGAGGGUGAGGCGGCUGCGCUUCCAGAACAGCCAGCAGAUCCACUUCACCAUCUCCCGGUCGGACGCCGUGCGUGUGUCGGAUGUGCAGGUGGCGGCGCCGUCGAACAGCCCCAACACCGACGGCAUCCACAUCAGCGAAUCCACCAACGUAGUUGUCCAGAGUAGCAAGAUUCAGACAGGUAAAAGACCAAAGAUAAAGACAGCGAUAGUUAAACAAGUUGGUCUCCUUCUGAAUUGGGAAAGUUUCUGAAACUCCGUUGUUAUUUAACUUAUGCUCUCGCCAUGCAGGCGAUGACUGCAUAUCCAUCGUCAACGCGAGCUCGAACAUUAAGAUGAAGAACAUCGAUUGUGGACCCGGGCAUGGGAUCAGGUAAAUCCCGGUGGCGCCGCCGGGAGUUGCGACUCCACAGCGGAGUUCUGACGGUGGUUUUGUUUCUUCUCUUCUUUCGUAGUAUCGGGAGCUUAGGGAAGGACAACUCCACAGCGGCGGUCUCGACCAUCGUAGUCGACACGGCGGUGCUGAGGGGGACGACCAACGGCGUCCGGAUCAAAACUUGGCAGGUAGACGAAGACCCUCGCGGCUAUACGAGCUCCUCCCUCUCCCACCGCCGUCUCAGCUCUUUAGGGUUUUCUCUACAGGGAGGCUCCGGCUACGUCCGGGCCGUAAGGUUCCAGAACGUGAGGAUGAUCGACGUUCAGAACCCCAUUAUCAUCGACCAGUUCUACUGCGACUCUCCGACCUCCUGCCGGAACCAGGUCGCUCUCUCUCUCUCUCUAUCACUAUCUCCUGCCAGAACUAUUGAACGCUGGAGAAGAAUCGGGAUCAUCUCUCUCUGAGCUUCUGAUGACGGGUAGUGGUUCUUGGUGGGGGCAGACGUCGGCGGUGAAAGUCAGCCAGGUGCUGUACAGGAACAUCAGCGGCACCACGAGGACGGCCAAGGCGAUGAAGUUCGCGUGCAGCGACACGGUGCCGUGCAGCGACAUCGUGCUGGACAACAUUAACCUCACGGCGGCGGCGAGCGGCGGCACCGCCGAGACCUUCUGCAACUGCGCGGCGGGGUUCGCCACCGGCGUCGUGCAGCCCGCCGCCGACUGCCUGCGGGCGGACAGCUCCCCCUGCGACGGCUCGAAGGGAGACGGGCAGGGCAAGGAUCGCUCAUGGGAGCCCCACAAUGAGCUCUGA